AAUUACCAAAAAGCAGUCCGCUUAUUAUACAAGUUGCCUGAUAUUACUUCUAAUAAAUAAACGCGCGCGCAAAAAUGGCAAUGUACACUUGCAACAUGACAACUAAGUUGACUCGCGCACCCAUUUUUUUGAAUUUUGUACGUCAUUAUACGAAACGGAGAGUUAAAUGGAAAGAUGCGCAGGGUAAUCUCGAGGGAAUGAAAUUUGGAGCCAUUAAGUAUUUUCCAAGACAUCCAGAUUACGUUGAUCCACCGAUCAAGCCGAGCAAGGUGUUAUUAGUAACGCGGGUAAAGCCUUUUGCGGGUAAUCCUUGGUGGGAGAAAGAGAUGCUCGAGCAAUUAGGUUUCAUAAAUAAGAAACACGCAAAUGCUCCGGUGAUCGUAAAAAACACGCCAGAGAUAUGUGCCAUGCUCUGGAAGGUGAAGCAUCUGAUAAAGAUCGUUCCCAUAAAGUUACCCGACAAAUUGCCAACCAUGGACGAUCUAAAUGGCACAUAUUUACACGAGAAUGGCACGUUUUAUGUUAUACCGAAAGUAGAUUCUGCUCGCGAGGAAGCCGUGGAAAAGUUUGUGAACGAUCCAAAGAAACUGAAUCGCGAUCUUAUACAAGACAAACUGAGGUUUAAGUGGUUACAAGGACGUCCUAUGUAAUAGAUAUUGAAUUCAAUAAUAAAAAUAAAUACUUAUUAAUAAGCGAUUAA